AUGACCACUCUUCGGGUGCUGCUACACGUUGCCGCUCAGCGUGACUAUGAGCUUCACUCUCUUGACUUCAGCACAGCUUUCUUACAGGGCAGCCUACACGAGGAGAUCUGGCUGCGCCGCCCUCCUGGCUUCACUGGGUCGUUCCCUCCUGGUACCCAGCGGAGCCUCCGGCGGCCGGUCUACGGUCUCCGCCAGGCACCGCGUGAGUGGCACGAGACACUGAGGACUACACUUGCGGCCCUUGGGUUUGCUCCGUCGACUGCAGACCCGUCGAUGUUUCUGCGCACCGACAUGUCGCUACCGCCGUUCUACAUCCUCGUGUACGUCAACGACUUGGUCUUUGCCACUGCUGACACUGAGGCUCUUUCCCUGGUGAAGUCGGAGCUGCAGAAGAGACACACGUGCACAGACCUGGGUGAACUGCGCAGCUACCUUGGCUUGCAGAUCACCCAGGACAGAGCACGCCGCACCAUCACACUGACUCAGUCACACAUGGUGCAGCAGUUCCUUCAGCGCUUCGGCUUCACCAGGUCCUCGCCACAGCACACUCCUCUGGCUACAGGCCACUCGCUCUCCGCUCCACCUUCGGACGAGACCGUAGAGCCGAGUGGCCCGUACCCAGAGCUAGUGGGCUGCCUCAUGUACCUGAUGACCUGCACUCGACCUGACCUUGCGUACCCUCUUGGCCUUCUGGCUCGCUACGUGGCUCCUGGUCGGCACCGAAAGGUGCACAUGGAUGCUGCGAAGAGG